GUGGGAGAAUAGAAGAUGAGUGAUCAAGAACUCCCAGAAAGAUGAGACGUAAUCUUAUGUGAACACUGAAUUACUGAAUCACCUACCCCGUCUCUAGGUUGCCAGUAGCGCCACCUGGGAGCCAAUCGAGUGCAAGAUGUUGGAUGGACUCGUUGCAGGGCUUAUUAAUAAGUACCUUGGGAAAUAUAUUCAGAAUUUGGACUCUGAUAAUCUGAAUAUCAGUAUCCUGAGUGGCAAUGUUGAGUUGACAGACUUACAAUUGAGGCCAGAGGCAUUGUUUGAAUUGGAUCUGCCAAUUGAGGUGAAGGCAGGUUAUGUUGGUAAAAUCUACUUGAGCAUACCAUGGACCAGCCUGUAUAGCCUCCCAGUGAUAGCCUCUGUUGAGGAUGUGUAUGUUAUAGCAGGUCCACUCUCAGACAGGAAAUAUGAUGCUGAGAAAGAGAAAAAUCUGGCUAAUGCCAUCAAAAGGCAGAAAUUGGAAGACCUUGAGAUGUCAAAGACUGAAAAAGGUGAGGAAACAGAAUCAAAUGACCAAGGCUUCUUUGACUCUCUGGCUGCAACUAUUGUGAACAACAUACAGGUGUUUGUGAAGAAUAUCCAUAUAAGGUAUGAAGAUAAUGUGACUAUUCCUAAUCAGCCAUUUGCAUUUGGCGUGACAUUGAAGAACUUCUCUGCUGAGACUACUAACUCGCAAUGGCAGGUCACACAGAUUGAUUCCAAUGCACAAGUCAUACACAAGCAAGUGAAACUUGAUAGUCUAAGUGCCUAUUGGAAUGCCUAUUGCCCAGAGCAGAGUUUGGUCAGAGGGAAGUUGUUCACCACUGCAUGGAGGAAUUUGUUGAAGAAUUCGCUUGAAACAAAAAAGAUAAUGAACGAAGACUUUGAUUAUGUAAUUCGGCCAAUAUCUGGUGAGACGAAAGUGAUCUUAAAUAAAGAUGGGAAAUUGAAUAUUCCAAUGCUGAUAGCUGACCUGGUCAUAGAGGACAUUGACAUUAUAUUCUCAAGACAACAGUAUUUGAACUUGAUGGCCCUGUUAGAUUCAUUCAAACUGAUGGCGCUGAACCAGAGGUAUCGUAAAUACGCCCCUGAUAUGCCAGUAAAAGGCAAUGCACAUCUCUGGUGGAAGUAUGCAUACAAUGCCAUUGUGGAAGAGAAGAUUAGGCCCUAUUCUUGGUCCAGGAUCAAAGAACAUAGGAACAAAUACCGGCAAUACAAGAACCUGUACAAGAGGAAGUUAGAAAAUCCCUCAGAUAACGAAGUUAAGAAUAGACUGAAACAGCUAGAGGAUAACCUGGACAUAGCUAACAUUCUCAUGGCAAGAGAACAUGCUAAAUUGGAGUUUACCAAAGAGGCACCUGAACGAGCAGACAAGAAAGAAAAAGAACAAAGUUGGUGGAAUUGGGCAUUUGGAAGCGAUGACAGUGAUGAUGAAGAAAAAGUUGUGAUAGACAAGUCUAGAACAGAUUGGCUGUCCAAAUUGACCCCUGAGGAGAAGGAGAAACUCUACAAGGGUAUUGGUUAUGAUGUCAAUGCAAGCGCCCACAGUGAACAUCCCCCUGAGUACGUAGCUCACAAGAUUAAUAUACAUCUAACUGCCUGUACAAUAUCUCUGGUGAACUAUAGUAGAGAAGUACUGAAGGUGUCAGUGGCCAACUUCUCUACAGCCAUUCAGAAUAGGCCUCAGUCUAAUGGAUUCAGAAUCGGUGGUAGAACAGAAAGUUUUAUUGUAGAAGGCGCCUCUGUGGAGAAUGACCUUGUAGCAAUAAUAACAUCUGAUAUUGGAGUUUAUGCGCCUGUUCAGGAUCAGCAAGUGUUCAACUUUGACUUUGAUAUGAAUCCUGUCUACAUAGCUGCAGACUUUGCUGUUAGGUUGAAUGUACAACCAGUUGAGAUAGUCUAUGAUAAGCACUCCUUGUCUGAAGUCCUGUCAUUCUUCCAAGCUGCAAGCGUAAGUGCAUCGGACAUAGCAGCCGCAGCUACAUCUAGUUUGAAUCAAAUGGUGGAGAUCUCUAGGGCAGGCCUGUAUUAUGCCAUUAACCAACACAAGACCAUACAUCUCUCUGUCAACAUGCACUCCCCCUAUGUUGUAAUACCAGAGUAUGGAACACUGCAUAGAAGGGGCAAUGUGCUUGUUCUUGACUUUGGUAAACUGAAAGUUGAAAGUGAGUUGCAGACCAAGGAUAUCAACCUAGAGGACGCCACCUUCUCUGAGAUUGAAACACGGCUGUAUGAUAAGUUUAACAUAACGGUCACAGAUGUUAAAGCUCUAUUGGCUGACUCAGGAGAUGAUUGGCAUACAGCUCAGACACAAGCAGACUCCAAAUACCACAUUAUCCCCACUGUGGAGAUGCAACUGUCCUUCUUUAACACAGUCAAGCCAGACUACAAGGCCCUUCCUCAACAAAAGAUUGUUGCAAAUCUUCCCACACUGAAGCUGAAUGUAUCUGAUGAGAAGAUUGUUAUGCUGUCUGACUUUCUCCAAAACAUUCCCCUACCCAGUCAUAGUGAGAGUAUACCAAUGAUGAUGUCUGACAGUGUAGAUGGGGGACUGAAUGUUGAUACAGUACAUCCAGUGUUUAGUAUGGAGGAAGUAGUGCUAGAACCAUCAUUGAAUGACCUCAAGGCACUACGACGCUCUGUAUGGAACAACUCAGUUAUAAGACGACCAAGAUUUAAACGAGAUCAGGUUGACAGAACUGCCAAAAGAUUAUCUCACCUUGUAAUUCCAGAGGAUGAGGAAUAUUAUUCUGCCUCAGACCACUCUGAUGAGGAAGUGGAGGAAUGGGCAAGGCUGUAG